CAAAGUCAGGUGGGCCGGCGGGAGCCAAUGGGGAAACGUUUCGUGUAGGUCGUCUCUAGAGGCGGUGGCGCCAGCCGCAGACUCCCGCCAGUAGGGAGCAGGCCGAGCAGCGCGGAGGUUGGUCGGCCGCUGGAGGAUAUUAGAAAUGGCUACUCCCCAGUCAGUUUUUGUCUUUGCAAUCUGCAUUUUAAUGAUAACAGAAUUAAUCCUGGCCUCAAAAAGCUACUAUGAUAUAUUGGGUGUGCCAAAAUCUGCCUCAGAGCGACAAAUCAAAAAGGCUUUUCACAAGUUAGCCAUGAAGUAUCACCCAGACAAAAAUAAGAGCCCUGAUGCUGAAGCAAAAUUCAGAGAGAUUGCAGAAGCAUAUGAAACACUCUCAGAUGCUAAUAGGCGGAAAGAGUAUGAUACAAUUGGACACAGUGCUUUUACUGAUGGCAGAGGACAGAGAGGCAAUGGAAGUCCUUUUGAACAGUCAUUUAACUUCAAUUUUGAUGACUUAUUUAAAGACUUUAAUUUUUUUGGUCAGAAGCAAAACACUAGGUCUAAGAAGCAUUUUGAAAAUCAUUUCCAGACACAUCAGGAUGGUUCCAGUAGACAAAGGCAUCAUUUCCAGGAAUUUUCUUUUGGAGGUGGAUUGUUUGAUGAUAUGUUUGAAGACAUGGAGAAAAUGUUUUCUUUUAGUGGCUUUGAUACCAACAAUCGACACACCGUACAGACUGAAAAUAGAUUUCAUGGAUCUAGCAAGCACUGCAGGACUGUCACUCAACGAAGAGGAAAUAUGGUUACUACAUAUACUGAUUGUUCAGGACAGUAGUUGGUUCUUUUUUCUGUUUUCACUAAGCCCACCUAGUUUAUUCUCCUCACUAUGUCUGAUGAAAAACAGUUUUCUGUGAACUAUUUUGACAAAUGCAUGAUUUUACUUAUGUUAAGCAGUUAUAGGUAUUCUGUAUAUUAGAUUUUUUUUUGACAAAUUCCAGCACAUUCACUAGUAGACAACUCUUAAUUUUCCUGAUUAGGAAAGAUUUUAAAAGAGUAUUUGCAAGAUCUUUUUUUCUCCUUUAACUGUUUUUGCCACUAAUUUGGCCAACAACAAAAUUUCUAAACAAAGCUCAGUUUGCCUGAUACAUACUUAAACAUUAAGCUUUAUCCUAGCACUUGGGAUGCAGAGGCAGGUGGAUCGCUGUGAGUUCAAGGCCAGCCUGGUCUACAAAGUGAGUCCAGGACAGCUACACAGAAAGACCCUGUCUCAAACCCCC